GGCCAACAUGGCGACUUGCAGGAGAGCGUAGCUUAGUUACAAGAGUCCUCCGGUAUAACCGAGGAAGCCGUGAAACAUUUAGCGCCAUUUCAAGGAGAUUAUCAGCUUGUUUCGGGUCCAGCUCUGAAGCAGCAGGAUGCCCGGGAAAAACGGCGACCAGUUUAAAGCGGGGGACCUGGUGUUCGCCAAGAUGAAGGGCUUCCCUUUCUGGCCUGCCAGGGUGUGUAAGUCAGAGUCUGGCUACAAGAAGAGAAUCCCGGUCUUCUACUUUGGGACUCAUCAAGUAGGUACCCUCCCUCCAGAGAACGUCAUCCCCUUUGUCGGCAACAAGAUGAAAUACGGCAGCGGCGUCCGAAUCAAAGGCUUCGCCGAGGGCAUGUGGGAGAUCCAGAACACGCCGGGGAUCGGGAGUAAACUCAAAAUGCCAACACAGACCACGCCUCCUAAAAACACACCUGCCAAACAAACUUCUUCAGCCAAAGCAACGCCUGCUAAACCAGCGCCUGCAGCCAAACCGGCAGAUAACAAACAGAGAAGUACCCCUGCUAAAUCAACCCCCAGUAAACCCGAUCUUGUCAAGCCUGAAAGUAAACCAGCUGGUGGAAGAAGUACUCCAAACCGGGCUGUAAAGGAAACUCCUGCUGUGGCUCAGACUCCAACAAGAGCGUCUUUAAGAUCUGCGGCAGAGAAAACAGCAGACAUCAACACUACAGAUGCUACUGCAGAUGCCAGGAGUAGAAGGGCAGCAGCCAGGAGCGAGAAGAUUGAAAGUACUAUUUCUGCAGAGAACAAGGAGACUACAACAAUAUUAAGUCCAAAAACUCCCUCCAAAGUGUCUUCAAGUGCCUCUGACAAACCAGUCGAGAAACAAGCCAAUGACACUAAAACAUCGACUGAAUCAAGCAAAGCUGUGGCUCAGAUAAAAAGUCCAACUACAGAUGAAGCUUCAGCAAAGGCAACAGACUCCAAACCAGCUUCAGAGGAGGCCGAAACAUCUCCAACCUCCAACAAAACAGACACAAACGAGACUAAACAGACGACACAGAGCACAGCAGGAGAGUCCAAGGUGGAUGGUGAGCAGAACAAGAGGAAGACACCUCCUGCUCCUGAAGUGACUUCACCAGUCAGCAAGAAGCCCAAGAUCAUGGAGUCAACUCCAACGCGAACAUUAAGAGGACAAAAAGAGCAGGAAGAGAAGACCGAGCAAGUAGAGACGUCAUCAGAGAGCCAAGUGAAGAGGAAAAGAGAAGAGGAAGAGAGAGCAGAGGAGGAGAAACAAAAGAAAACGAAGAAGGAUGAAGAAGUAAAAGAGGCAAUUAAAGAGGUGGAAGUUAGGCCAGAGGCAAGGCAAGUAGGGAGGAUGACAAGGAGUGCAGAAAGAGAGAAAGACGGGAAGACAAAGCAAGAUGAUGGCAAAGAAAAGACAGAGGAGAGAGUGAUGGCUGAAACUAGAUCAGACACUGGAGGGAGGAAGACGAGGAGUGAAAAAAGAGAGGAGAAAAAGGAAAAAAUGAAGGAGGACGGUAGCAAUGAACAGCGAGCGAAGAGGACACAGAGAGAAACGAGAUCAGGCAGUGAAGGAAGAAAGACCAGGAGCGAAGAACGAGCUGAGAACAAGAUAACAAAACAAGAUGAUGGCAAAGAAAAGAGAGGUGAGAAGAUGACAACAGAAACAAGAUCAGACAGAGAAGGGAGGAAAGAAGACAAAGCAAAACAAGACAACAUCAAAGAAAAGACUAGAGAAACAAGAUCAGAGAUUGAAAGAACAGCCAAAGACAAGAUAACAAAACAAGAUGAAGGCAGAGAAAAAGGAGAUUUGAAAGCUACAUCAGAAACAAGAUCAGAGAGUGAAGGGAGAAAGACCAGGAGCACAGAGAGAGAGAAAGAUGGGAAAACAAAACAAGAUGAAGGCAAGGAGAAGACAGAGGAGAGAACAACAAGAGAAACGAGAUCCGAAAGUGAAGGGAGGAAAACAAGAAGUGAAGUGAGGGAUCAGGAAAAGAUAAAAAAACAUGAUGAUGGCAAAGAAAAGACAGAGGAGCAGACAAGAAAAGAAACAAGAUCAGGGAGCGAACGGAGGAAAACAGGAAGUGAGGAAAGGGAUAAGAACAAAAUAACUAAACAAGAUGACGGCAAAGAAAAGGCAGAGGAAAGAACACAGAGGGAAACAAGAUCAGACAGUGAAGGGAGAACGACAAGGAGCAGAGAAGGAGAGAAAGAUGAAAAAACAAAACAAGACAAAGGAAAAGGAGAGGAAAGAAUAAGAGAAACAAGAUCUGGGAGUGAAGGGAGGAAAACAAGAAGUGAAGUAAGAGAUGGGGGCAAGAUAAUAAAACAAGAUGAAAGCAAAGAACAGACAGAGGAGAGAACAACAAAAGAAACAAGAUCCGAAAGUGAAGGGAGGAAAACGGUGAGUGAAGAAAGGGAUAAGAACAAGACAAUAAAACAAGAUGAUGGCAAAGAAAAGGCAGAGGAAAGAACACGGAGGGAAACAAGAUCAGACAGUGAAGGGAGAACGACAAGGAGCAGAGAAGGAGAGAAAGAUGGUAAAACAACAAAGGACAACAAAGGAAAAGCAGAUGAAAGAGCAACAAGAGAAACAAGAUCCGAGAGUGAAGGGAGGAAAACAAGGAGCGAAGGAGGAGAUAAGGACAAGAUUAUGAAACAAGAUGAAAGCAAAGAGAAGACAGAAGAGAAGACAAGGAGAGAAACAACAUCAGAGGGUGAAGGAAGGAAAACGAGGAGUGCAGAGAAAGAGAGGGAUGAGAAAAUUAAACAAGACAAAGCAGAGGAAAGACCAACAAGAGAAGCAAGAUCAGAGAGUGAAGGGAGGAAGACCAGGAGUGGAGAAAGAGAAAGAGACGGAAAGACAAAACAAGAUUAUGUUAAGGAAAAUAAGGAGGAGAGGAAAAGAAGAGAAACAAGAUCUGACAGUGAAGGGAGGAAGGAAAGAGGGAAAGAUGAUAGAACAAAAGAAGACAGAGUCAAAGAAAAAGCAGAGGAAAGACCAACAAGAGAAACAAGAUCUGGCAGUGAAGGGAGGAAGGAACGAGGGAAAGAUGAUGGAACAAAAGAAGACAGAGUCAAAGAAAAAGCAGAGGAAAGACCAACAAGAGAAACCAGAUCCAAGAGUGAAGAGAAGAAGACAAGGAGCGAUAAGAGAGAGGAGAAAGGCAUCAGAACAAAGGAAGUUGGUGGCUAUGAAAAGAGAGAGGAGAGGACAAGGAGGGAAACAAGAUCAGGGAGCGAAGGGAGGAAGGCAAGAAGCGAAGAAAGGGAUAAAGACACUAAAACAAAACAAGAUGAAAGCAAAGAAAAGACAGAGGAGAGGACAAGAAGAGAAACAAGAUCAGAAAGAGAGAAAGACUGGAAGACAAAACAAGAUGACGAUAAAGAAAAGACAAAGGAGAGGAGGAUGAGAGAAACAAGAUCAGAGAGUGACGGAUGGACAGCAAGGGCCAGAGAAAGAGAGAAAGACAAAAAAACAAAACAAGAUUUAGGCAAGGAAGAAGCAGAGGAGAGUACAAGGAGAGAAACAAGAUCAGAGAGCGAAGGCCGGAGGAGUGAAAAGAGAGGGGAUAAAGAUGGUAAAACGAAUGAAAAGAGAGAGGAAAGGAUGCAGAGAGCAACAAGAUCAGAGAGUGAAGGAAGAGCGAGAGAAAUAAGGUUAGACGAUAAAGACGAGGAGAGAAGAAGAAGAAAGAGGAAGAUGGAAGAGGAAGAGGUGAAGAAAACAGAGGAGAGAACCAAAGAACGUGAAGGGAGGAAGACGAGGAGAACAGAUGAAGAGAAGGAAGAUGAAAGAGAAGGAAAGACGGAGAGGAGGGCUAGGGGAGGUUCAGGGUCAGAGAAUGAAGGAAGAACAAAGAAAGAAACAAACGAUGAGAAGAGGAGGGAGGAGAGUCAAGAGAUGAAGAAGAAGGGGACAGAGGAGGAAAGGAAAGGAGAGAGUGAAAGGAUGAAGAUGAAGGGAGUGGAGAAAGAGAAGAAGGACAAGGAUGCUUCUAAAGACAGACAGAGAGAGAGCAGCUCCAUGGAGGAUGAGAAACAGCGCCGCCUGGCUGCUAAUAGAGAGAGCUUGUUCAAAUCUCUGAGAGGUCUGCUGAAGGAUGGGAGGGAAGUGAGGAGGAGGGAGAUGAAGAGCUCACAGAAGUCUGGGGUUGUCAACAAAGUCAUUAGCAAGAAAAUGGGAAGCAGAGGAUUGAUAAGCCAAAAGACGGACAGAAAAGAAGCCAAAGAGAAGGAAAGAACAAAACUAGAAGAAAAGGACAAGGUGAAAACAAUAACGGAGAGGAAGAAGGACGAACAGAAGACAACUGAUGAAAGGAGGAAGGACGACGAAAUAAGGAAAGAGAGAGAAAAGAAAGAGGAAGAUGGGAAAAGUAAGGACACAAAGAGCAACGAAACAAAGACGCAGAAAGACGAGGAGGAGAAGAAGGAUGAGAGAAAAAUCAUCGGAAAGAUUGUGAAAGCUGCUGGACAAGGGACAAAGAUUCAGGUGAAGACGAUGAUGGGAGGAUCGACGCUAAAGGCAGCGGAAGAGGAAAACAAGAAGAAGGAGCAGGAGAAGACGAGCGCUGAAGGAAAGGUAGAAGAGAAGAAGAGUUCAGAAAAAGUGACAGAGAAAGAGAAGAAAUCUGUGGAUGAAAAGGUGGAAAAGAGCACAGAGGUCGAGAAAAGAAAAACCGAGGAGAAGACGAGCAGGGCAGAUGAAAAGAAGAACCCAGAAGAAGUGACGGAGAAGAAAUCCGAUGAUAGAAAGACAGGAAAGGUUGCAGAGACAGAGAAGAAAGAGGGAGGGAAGGAAAAGACAAGCACAGAAGAAAAGAAGAAGAACUUAGAAGAAGUGACAGAGAGAGAGAAGAAACCGGAUGAUGAGAAGGUCACAGAGGUUGAGAAGAAGGAGGAGGGAGAGAAAGAAAAGACAAGCCCAGAAGGAAAGGAAGAAGACAAGAAGAGGAACUCUGAAAAGGUGAUGGAAAGAGAGAAACAAGGGGAAACCAGAGAGAAGAAAUCUGAUGAUGGAAAGGCAGAAAAGACUGCAGAGUUGGAGAAGAAGAAAAAUGAGAAGACCAGCGACGAUGGAAAGACAGAAGAUACGAAUAAGAGCUCGGAAAAAGUUACAGAAAGAGAGAAGAAAUCUCAGGAUAAAAAGGUGGAAAAAAGUGUAGUGGAGGAGAAGAAGACGGAAAGAUCAGAGAAGAAAGACAAGAGGGUGUCAGAGGUAGAGAAGGACAAAGAGGAGAAAAAGAGAGAGGACAGACUGAAGAAAGGGAGUGAAAAUGAGAAGGUGCAAAGGAAGAAUGAUGAGGAGAAAAAGGAGCCAAAAGCUACGGAGAAGAACGACACAAAUGUGGAAAAACGGAUGACAAGGGAGCAGAGGAAGAAAGAGGAGAGGAGUGAACAACCAAAGGAGAAAACACAAGAGAAGAAAGAGGACAAAGCUGCAGCAGAACAAAGAAAGAAAACGAAGGAAGCAGAUAUGGAGAAGAAUCGCACCGAGGACACAAAACUGCAGAAGAAGAGUGCUAAACCGAGAGAUAGGGGAGCAGAGGUAAAACCUGCAGAAGAAGAAAGCCAGACAAAGAGCAGUGUAGAGGGCACAUCGGUGAAGGAGCAGAAGAAGGGUUCGAGCUUGACUCUGACGGACUCGACUCUGCACAGGAUCCACGGAGAUAUCAGGAUCUCUCUGAAGAUUGACAACCCAGACGUCAAUAAGUGUCUGAUGGCGUUGGAUCAGCUUAGCAUGGUUUAUGUGACGUCCAAACACGUGAAGAGGCACAGCGAGCUCGUCUCCACUCUGAGAAAGCUGCGGUGCUACCGAGCCAACCAGGCCAUCAUGGACAAGGCCUCCAUGCUCUACAACCGCUUCAAAAACGCCUACCUGGUGGGGGAGGGCGAGGAGGUGGUGAGCGCCGCCUUCCUGCGCUCCCUGCUGGAGGAGAAGGAGAGGGAGGAGGCAGAGCGGGCCGAAGGCUGCAAGCAGAAGGUGAAGAGGGAGGAGGCGGAGCGGGCCGAAGGCUGCAAGGAGAGGGUGAAGCGAGAGGAGCUGCUGCAGGAGGUGAAGAGACGAAUAGACCUGGUGGAGGAGAGGAGGAGGACCGAGGAAGGAGGAGGAGGAGGAGGAGGAGGAGAUGGAGAGGAGCAGAAAACCGAAGCAGAGAAGGAGCAGAAUAAAGAGGAGACAGCAGCUCCUGUGGACUCUUCCUCAAGUGUAAAUGCUCCUGAAGCCGUUUUGACUGAACCAACUUUAAUCUGAGAGGAUGUGGGCUGAAAACGACCCCAGUGUUUGUCUCCCCUUGUUUCCUCAUUUUUGCUUUACCUUUAUUCACCUGAGCAUUAAUACCAACAUCGCCUUACCUGUCAUUUAAGCUCGCCUAACUUAAUCAUAACUCUGUUUAACCCUGAGAUCUCCUUUAAACCGCCAUUGUCAAACUUAAUCACUUCCUCUGACUGAACUGCUACGAAUGUCCUGAUCUUUGUUUGAGUGUACUGAACCUUUAAGAACUGAACCUUGACCUCAGUUCUUAAAAUGUGCCAGCGAUGGAGCUUUUAAGUAAAAUAGGUCCUUAUAAAGCUGUAAAAUCUUUCUGUAAACUUAAAUUCUAUUUCUGGCCCUGAUUUUUGUCUUUAAAAGUGUUUUCCUCACUUACAUCACUGAGUCGUCUGCAUAUAAACAGACCAGCAUCCGUGUUUGUGCUGUUUGAAAGGACGUAAUGUGAUAGGGUGUAGCAGAAUUUUAUUUUAGUUUUUAUCUGUUGUAACAUAAGUACAGAACAAACUGAAACGGUAUAUUUAACCCCUAAAAAGCAUUAUUUAGCCGUACUGUGAACUUAGCAGGAAACUUCAAACAUUUUUGUACAGUAAGAUUUUAUUUUCUGUAUUGUUGUCACGUUGAGAUUUUUUUAAUCUUUUUUUUUCUGA